CAUGGAUGCGUCGUUGUUGUCGAAGUUGGAACACAAUUUCAAUAUUAAUAUCUGAGUUGAACAAACAAAUAAUCGUCAACAUGUAGUCCACUGAGUUAAAACAUCUUCGAAUGAAGUAUCCUCGCUUCAGGGUCAUUUUGUAUUGGAUUUUUACUGUGAAAAAUUGUGCACCAAGUAUCGCGGUUUCAUUCCUAACCUCAUUCACUCGAUGAUAUUUACACCGUGUUUGUAUUAAUUAAUUGUACAUUGGAAUGCGAGAUUCAUAUUUGUAGAAUAUUUUUUGUAAUAAUUAUUGUACAUUUGAGGGGACGAGGCAAUUUUUUUUUCGGAGCAGAAUGUCUGUCGAAUCGUGUAAGGACAGACAGAAUAAUGAAUUCGAAGUACUCAAGUCAAUCUACGGCGACCAACUCCGCGACCUCCGGCGCCCCAAGCCCCACCGAAAAUGGCACCCCCUGGACAUAUCAAUGACCCUGACCCCCCAGCGGGGCAUGUCCGGUCCCAUGGAGGUGCACGCGCAGCUCGACCUGCACACAAUUUGCAACGAGAACUACCCGAACCAAAUCCCCUCGAUAAAAUUAAAGAACAGCCGGGGUCUCUCGAACCAGCAAAUCGCGCUCCUCUCCUCGGAGCUGGAGGACCUCGCGAAGCGCCUGAAAGGCGAGGUAAUGAUCCUCGACCUGGCGCAGCACGUGGAGAAGUUCCUCCACGAGAACAACAAGCCGGGCUACAGUUCCUUCUACGAGGAGAUGCUGUCGCGUCACCAGGAGAAGACGAAGCAGAUUCAAAGCGAAAUGGAGGAGAAGCAGCUGAAGGAGGACAAGGAGCGCCAGCUCCUGCAGGACGAGAUCCUGAAGCGUCAGGAGGCGCUGAAGGCGGAGCUCCGGAACCGCAAGGAGCCCGCGCGUCGCUGCCACGACUCGACGAUCAUCCUCUCGCAGUCGAUCCCCUCGUCCCCAUCAGGCGAGCGCAUCCGCACGUACUCCCGCAGAAGAUGCAUGAGCACCUCGGAGUCCUCGGACGGCGCCUCCCUCUGCGAGCACCGCGGCACGAAGCUCCUGCACUUCGACAACAACCGGGGCGAGCGUCAGGUCCACCGUGGCAAGUGCCUGGGCCACAGCCUCAAGGGCUCAGUGGUCUACGCAGGUGUUGACAUGAUCACCGGUGAACUGCUCGCCAUAACCGAGUGGUCCCUCAAGUGCGGCAGCGCCGGCACCCGCGAUACGAGCGACAACGACACGACGAACGAAGCCACCGACCUCCAGCACUCGAUGAAGCAGAUCGCGAGCAUCGAGCAGGAGCUCAACCACCUCCACCGCCUCCAGCACAUGAACCUCGUGCGCUACCUCAACAUGAAGUACCAGCAGAGCAAGGACAACAUCGUCAUCUACAUUCUGGAGGAGUUCGUCGUGGGUACAACCUGCACAUUCUUCCUCUCCGAGAACAUUCCAGUGGCGGUGGACAUCCUCAGGCACAUCGCCAGUGGUGUUCUCUCAGCCCUGGAGUUCCUCCACAACAACAACAUCGUCCACAGGGACCUCCGGGACUCCAGCAUUCACAUCGACAGAUGCGGAAUGGUGAAGGUGUCCGAUUACUCCCUGAACAGGCGACUCUCCGAUAUUUAUCGGUCGAGCUGUCUGGCCAAGGCCGAGCACGACUUCCCGACGAUCCAGGGUCGCGGGGGCAAGAAACUCGACAUCUACAGGUUCGGGAUAAUUCUCCUGUCGCUGUUCAAGGGGACCAUCAUCUCCGAGAAGGAGCAGACGAACGAGUGGGCGACCAAUCUCCCCCCGGAGCUGCGGGACUUCCUGUCAAAGUGCCUGAACAACAACGAGAGGUCUCGGUGGUCGGCCGAGCAGCUCCAGCAGCACAGCUUCAUCCGGAUCCCCAUCGAGCGCGGGCUCUCGCCCCCGAAGCUACCUCGCGAGCACGAGCACGACAGCGAGGAGCCCGAGGAGCCCAUUCAGGACGUUCACCUCUACCUCCCCGCGACCCUCAACAACUCGAGGAUUCAGAACGAGUUCGAGGUGCUCAAGUGGCUGGGCAAGGGCGCCUUCGGCGACGUCAUCAAGGUCAGGAACAAGCUCGACGGGGGGAUCUACGCGAUCAAGAGGAUUCCCCUAAACGCCAAGAACAAACAGCUGAACAAGAAGAUAACGAGGGAGGUGAAGCUGCUGUCGAGGCUCAAUCACGAGAACGUCGUGAGGUACUACAACUCGUGGAUAGAAUCAGCGACGUUGGACGACCCCAGCAACUCCAUGUCCUCGACGAGGGACACCACCAGGGAGGCAACGCCCAACGUCAGCCCUCCGGGGGUCGACCUCCACAGGGUAAAUCUCGGAAACAAUCACUUGAACAACAUCAAUCACUUGGACACUGACGACGUGGAGGAGCUGGUGCCGCCCCUGCACGAGGUCGAGUGGAGUCUCUCGUACGAGUCGAGGGCGUCAGCGGCCAAGUCCAAUGACUCGGAGGAGUCCGACAGCGAGAGCGAGAGCGACGACGAGGGCUGGGGCUUCUUCAUGGGGACUUCACUCUCCACCGACUCCUCAGACAGCAUCGAGUUCGAGAGGGACGGGGGUUCCCAGGUGUCGGGGGUCGACGUCAAGUCCCUGGAGGCCGACGAGGGGAUCGGGGCUAAGGACCCGGGGAACGACCCUGGGGAGGUGGACUCCCUCAGGGAAAUUCAGUUCAUGUACAUUCAGAUGGAGUUCUGCGAGAAGAGCACCCUGAGAACGGCCAUCGACAACGGCCUCUUCGAGGACGAGGAGAGGGUCUGGCGGCUGUUUCGGGAGAUCGUCGAGGGGAUCGCCCACAUCCACCAGCAGGGGAUGAUCCACCGGGACCUCAAGCCCGUCAACAUCUUCCUCGACAGCAACGAUCACGUGAAGAUCGGGGACUUUGGUCUCGCCACUAUCGACACGAGAACCGCGAGUGAGCGGAGGGUCCAGGUGGUGGAGAAAACGACGAGCUUCGAGGCCGACGAGCCCAGCUCGAUGACGGGAGAGGUCGGCACUGAGCUCUACACGGCGCCCGAGCUCAGCGCAAAGACCGCCAAGGCCAUCUACAAUCAGAAGGUCGACAUGUACAGCCUCGGGAUCAUUCUCUUCGAGAUGUGCUGCGUGCCCCUGGCCACUGGGAUGGAGAGGGUCAAAGUGCUGUCUGACGUCAGGUCGAAGGACAUCGUCCUCCCCCAGGAGUUCGUCGGCAACGUCAAGACUAAUGUCGUCAAUCUCCUCCGGUGGCUGUUGAAUCACGAUCCCAGCCAGCGUCCGACCUCUCAGGAGCUACUCACCUCGGAGUACCUGCCACCACCGCAGCUCGAGGAGGCCGAGCUCCAGGAGAUGGUCAGGCACACGCUCUCCAAUAAUCAGAGCAAGGAGUACAAGUACCUGAUCGCCUGCUGCUUCAGCCAGGAAGUCACGCCCGCCGAGGAUAUCACUUAUGACACUAAUCUACUGCCUUCGAAGAACAACUGCUCCCUCGUGAAGAGCGAUCUGCUGAGGGAGUACGUCAAGGCCAAGGUCAUUGAGGUGUUCCGGAAACACGGGGGGAUGAAUGUCGUGACGCCUCUCCUCAUGCCCAAGUCCACAAAGUUUCAGUACAAUCAGAUGGAGUCGUCGGUGAAGCUCAUGACGAGGUCUGGAAAUAUUGUCUCUAUUCCUUCGGAUCUUCGCGCCCCUUUUGCGAGGUACGCCGCCUGGAACAAUAUUCUUCACAUGAGGCGGUACGCCGUCGAGAGGGUCUACCACGAGAAGAAGGUCCACGGGUUUCACCCCAGGGAGUUCUACGAGUGCGCUUUUGACGUUAUAAGUAAUAGUGUUGAUCUCAUGGCUGAGGCCGAGCUCAUCUACGUCGUCUGGGACAUCUUCAAUCAGCUGCCGGAGCUCAGGGAGAGGAACUUCGCGGUGAGGAUCAAUCACACGUCUCUCCUGCAGGCGGUACUCAUGUACUGCGGGAUUGAGCCGGAGAAGUAUCAGGACAUCUACACGAUACUCUACGACGCCAGGGACGGCAAGUUCACCAAGUUCCAGGUGCAGACGCAUCUCAUCAGCUUGUGCCUGACGGAUCAGGCCAUGUCGACGUUGUCGAAUCUGUUUGAUACCGAGAGCUCCGUGGCGAAGAUCUCGAGUGUAUUGAGGACCAUCACCAAGAGGAAGGGGACGGAUGCGGCGAUUCUCGCGAAGGAGGGGCUGAGGGAGAUCGAGACCGUCGUCUCCAAUGCUGAGGCCCUCGGGGUCAAGUGGCAGAUCAUCGUCGCUCCGCUGCUGGUGCACAAGACGCAGCAGCAGCACAGCGGAAUCGUUUAUCAGAUCACUUGCGAGAUGGCCAGGAAGAGGCGCAGGGGGGGGCACGAUGUCAUCGCUGCUGGAGGGAGGUACGACAAAAUGCUGGCAUCAUUCAGGCACCUUCUCGAGCGAACUGGGCUCGCGAGUAAAGACUUCAAACAGCACGGCGUUGGAAUAAGUAUCUCCCUCGAGAAACUUGUCCACGCAGUCGGGGAGAUCUACUCCUCGGAAACCUCAGGAUCUGAAUUAAUAUUAAGUAAAUUUGGAAUAAACGUGUCUGUCGCCGUAUGUUGCACCGACGGACCGAAGAGAAACCAGGAGAUGGCGGCUGUCCUCCGAGAGCUCUGGAGUCUAGGUCUGGGUGUCACUGCCCUGGACUUCGGCACAACUGACGAGGUCAUUGAUUACUGCAGAGAGAAUUCAAUAACUCACGUUGUAAUUCUCAAAUUCGGGGAGAAGGGCAACCUGAGGAUUCACACGUGGGAGAGAGACAGGUAUCAGGAGAGGAAGAUCAGUGUCAAUGAUGUGGGGGAAUUCUUCCAGAGACAGAGGAACGAUAAUCCACUGCCGGUUUUGAGCAGAUCUGAGAGCAAGGCAAAUUCCAGUGAUAAUACGCCACUCAAUGUUACGGUUAAUUUUGUAUUGUCGGAGAGGGAUAAGCUCUCGGGGAGUGGCAGGAGGAGUUACAAGAACUCAAUGCUGGCGCAGAUGACGUCACAUCUGCAGAGGAUAGCUUGUAAGGUUGAGGUGCAGGUGUUUGGGGUAUUUCUGGAGAUGAUGGUGAUUAGGACCAUUGGAAGCCAUUUGGAGAUUGACGAGGGGGAACAAGACUUUGAGAGGAGUGUACAAUUAAUCAUCGAAAAGCAUCUACGCUAUAAGAAGUACAUUCAACAAAUAUGUAACGAAAUGUGGGAGAUAAGGAACGAGAAACAACGGCCCACUCUGGUUCUCUACAGUCUCCUGGAUAAUCGAUACUUAUUUUUAAUUUAACGUUUACAUUGUUUUUUGAGAUGUCGGAUAGAUCUUUAUUACGAAUUAAAUAUC